AAAAGUCUUAACAGUCUCUGGAGGUGAUGCCUAUGUCUGGGAACAGUUGAUGAGUAAUCCUAGAUUAGCUAGUUGCACUCGCAAUAUGUAUUUUUACGAAUGUGAAGCAGGAGAAACUGGCAUAUCGAUUGCAGCGACUUCUAGUAGGCUUGAAGAGCUUACAAUAUAUGAGUCCAACAUAAGAGAGAUAAAGAUUGAUCAGAGUAGUCCAAAAACCAUGUGCAACUUCCAGUUCCUUGUCAAAGUGGAGAUCAGUGAAUGCCAAGGUCUGCAGGACUUGACGUGGGUGCUCUUUGCUCCGAAUCUUGGUUGGCUAGAUGUUAGAGAAUCACCGCAAAUCGAAGAAAUAAUAAGCAAAGACAAAGCUGCCAAGUUUAUGAAUGGUGAAGCAACUAUGAUGCCCUUCCUCAAGUUGAAACACCUUGAUUUAGCUUAUCUGGACCAACUGAGUAGCAUCUACUGGAGUCCUUUGUCUUUUCCAUGCCUAAUGAAAAUCAGUAUAUUCGGCUGUCCGAAUCUCUGGAAACUACCUCUUGGUUCCAGCAGCGCCAACGGCUGUAACCUUGUCAUUCAUGGAGAGGAAGAGUGGAUAGAGGAGCUUCAAUGGGACGAGGAAGGUACUAAGGAACAGUUCACCCUGAAAGGUCGAAAGAGUGAGCCUGUAGCUGCUUAUCCACAAAACCAGUCGGAGUUAGAACUGUUGAGGAAGAGAGUAGUGGAUCUUGAAGAAGAGAACAGAUCAAUCAAACAACGGCUUGAGAGUAUAGAGAGGUUUUUAUGGCAGCAACAGCAACUGCAGCAGGCAAGGCCGCAUCAGCAACCAACAACGGGCAUGCUUCCACCACAAAUUGUAAUUCACCAACAGAGGCAAUCCCAAAGAACACUUCCAGACAUGCCAUCAAAGUAUGUUUUUGUUUUCAUUCUUAUCUACAUUUAGGUACUAUAUUUUAUUUUAUUUUCAACAAUAGCUACUCUAAUUUAAAAGGAAAACGCCUGAACAUUUAGGUACUAUCUAAAAAAGGUAACUAUCCUUUUCUAUAAAGGUGAUAUUUCGCAUUUGAUGAUCCUAGUGCCUCUUAACUCUGCAGAUCAAAUCAAUAAAAGAAAUAUACUUACCAGAUAUGAAUGCUAAAUACUAGAGAGCAAGUUGUAGAGGGUAAGUAAGUAAGUUAAUAGUUAUCUUCUUCCUUUUUGUUCUUACUACUUAGACAAUAGUUUCAAUCUAUGUGUUUUGUGUUUUUUUCACUCGAACAGGAGUCUCAGAGCAGUUUGAGAAAUCGAAGAAGUUGAAGGAGUGGAUAGCAGGAGGACCAGAUUACACGUUUCUUGAAUAUGAAAAGCCAAGCCAGACAACAUUCAAUAUCAAUUUCAUGAAAUAAGAAGAAACUUUAAGUGUGUUUCAAAAAAGGAAAAAAAAAAGAAACAAGAAACCUUAUGUUCAUUUUCCGUUAAGUGUUGUUAUCCCUUUAAAUUGCUCUGUUUCUAGCAGGAUUCUGUUAAGUUGUGAUACGAUAUGAACACAAAUGCUUUCUUUCUUGAUUUGUGUAUGGUUUUUUGCAGUAUUUCUCAUCUAUAUGCUGAACAAUGAACAUUAGCUUCGAGAAUAACCCAUCUGUUGAGAGAAUUUUGAUGCGUCACACAUAAGCAUGAGCAUUUCGAUUUUCGGUAAGGUUCCAGUUCGUAAUUUUUUUUUUGGCUUUUGGUUUUCUGAUUUUAUUGAUAUAGGAACAAUCCGAUUAUUUCUGAAAUUUGUUUCGGUUUCAUUAUUUUGGUUUUUAGUUUGGUUCAAAUAACAAUAUUAGGAACCAGCUACUAUCUGAUAAAAUUAUGGGCCAAUUCCGUUCUAGUUUUUGAAUAAUUAAGGUAAGAAAACAGAUUUUUCAAAUAAAAUAUCGGAUCAUUUGAAUAAAUUUAUUUAUUUUUGAUAAAGAAUAUCCAUAUAAUUAUGAUAAUUUUUAGUAUUUUAGACAAAAAAAUAUUUGGGUAGUUUGGUGUGUUGGGUAAUUCGGUUUAUAACUAGUUUUUAAAAAUAUUUGGUAAUUUUAAAACUAGAUAUAAUUAAUAUUUUAUGUUCUUAUGUUUUGGAAAUUAAGGUACUCAUUUGAUACUCGGUUCGAUUCCGGUUUGAUUUUUUGCUUUUCGGUUUUAGAGAUGUAAGUACCGCUUAGAUAUUUUGUGAACAUCAGUUUUGUUUUAAAUUUAGUUUUUCCAGUUUAUUUCUGGUUCAGUUUUUGCUUCUCGGUUUAUAUACACAUGCCUGGUCACAUAUUAUUGACACUUGUUUUAGAUAUUCAGGUAUGUUCAUAUUCAAUCAAAUGGUGAAAAUUGAAUUGAUCCUUUGCCAUCUUCAUUUAGAGGCUAAAAAGCUUUGUUUAAACGGUUACAUUAACUAUGAAUAUAUUUGUAUAUUUAAACAUUAAUUUCAAGUUAUAGCCACUAAGAAUUUCAAAUUACUGUAUAUUUCAAAACUAGGAAACUUGAUGAGUAUACCUCUUUACAUGUUCAUUUCAAAAUUACACAUAUUUACUCGAUGAGCUUUAUGAGAUUUCACUAGAUGUCCUCUCCUAAAUUUUAGAUGGGAUUAUUUCAGACUUUUACAACUUUAAAUGAGUUUCCUUUCACCCAAACUUCAAUAUUAAAACCUAUCCGAAAUUCCUUUUAAGACGAGUUUUAAAAAUGCAUCUAAAUACAAUUUUUAGCAUGUGUUUAAUUGUUAAUAAACGAAAAAUAAUUCCUUUUUAUUGCUUAAAAUAAUCUAACAAUACUAAAAGGGAGAUAUGCUUAAAGGAGAAGCAUGCCACAUCCUCAAAAAAAAUCAACCAAUCAGGAUAUUUUAAUCUACCAGGUCAGCAUUACUUAUGUCGACUAAAGAUGAAAAUAGGCCCUUACAUUUUUAAACGGCCCAAUUUAUGUUUAAGUUUUAUUUUCGUGACAUAUGACCCAGCAAAAUUAUCUCCUCCUUCUUCACGCCGAGCAGUCUCUUCAUUUUCCUAUGCAAUUUUGAUUCUCAACUGUAAUAGUUGCUCUCCACUACUAUAAUAAUUCAUCAAGGCCUCUUCAAUACUAUGAAUCCAAUGGCAAGCAACCCCUUCAUUCUCCCUUUCUUCACCUUAUAUAUGUUACUUUGUUUUAUCAAUUCUCCGUAGAACUGCUAACAAACAAUCUACUGCAUCCAUGGCAAACAAAACUUGGAAAUCAACUACAACGGUUUCAGCUGCUAUAUUAUGUUGUCUCUGGAUGAUGAAAAGAAAUGAUGUAACUAUAAGAUGAGACUGUUUCUCUGAUAGCACCAACCCUCAAACUUAAGAGGACCUUGAUCUUCAUGACACCGGUUUAGAGCCGGUGGACAAGUCAAACGGCCAUCUCAUUCUGGGUUUGUCUUAAGUCUCUAACUUUUAAUCUCAUUCUCUUAAAUUAAUUGACUGGAUUUGAUUUUGAGCUCAGACGAUGUAGCAGUGUUUUUUUUAAUCCACAUUGUACACAACUAUACAACAAAAUCCAUACAUGUCUUGGUUUGAUUCAGAAAAAAAAAUCAUUUUUAUUUGCAGGAGGUUAAUUGGCUACAAAUUCGGUGAAACCAGAACUUACUGCUCUCUGCUCACAUUGGCGGUUCUUUGUUUAAGUGGAUAUGUUUCAGGUGAAAGCUUUGCAUCACAAUGUUACUAGCAAAAAACUUUGGUGUGGGCGAUCCUCACUCUCAUGUCUUUUAAAACUUUGAGGCCAUAUUCUUCUCUUAAAUUAUAAUCUCAGUUUAUGUGGGGGUUAAUUAACACAUUAAAACUUUACUCUCAUGUUUGUUUUGCAGUGAUAUUGCUUUGUCGAUGGUGAUGAAAUAUGCAGACAAUAUUGUAAAGAUAAUAAAUUGGCAAAUGCAUAUUCAAAUCGCCAGCAUAUGCCCUAAGUAGUAGUCACUUUUCUACACAGGGAUUAGCCUUUAUCAAUCUGUUACAUCAGGGCAAUGCUUUAUCAUUGUAUUCCUAUUCAGUUUCUGUCUUCUCUUUCCUCGGUUCAAAGUAAAGUUAACCACAUUUGCCUCUGCCAAUACAAUUCAUCUAUUAUUUUACCAUAAAAUUUCCUAACGAAAGAGCUGAUACUUAUUGUGUUCCCACUUUGCAGGGUCGUCACUAUUUCAGUACAUUUGUAUUUCGCUGGGAACCUACGAUGCUAGCAAAUAAGGAUCUAAAUACUUCAGCUGCCAGAAAAAAAAAUGUCACUAUUCUAGCACAUGGAUAAAUCUUAUUUAACAAAUGAGAUUUUGUAUACCCGGUAAUCUUCGCAUUUGUAUUCCUACUUUGGUUAUAUUGUCUCAGACCAUGCAUUUGGAGUACUUGCAAGUUGCAACAUCUUCUCAUGAUAUGGUUACGAAAACAAACUUACUUGUGCUUUACAAGCUUAUGCACAUAUAUGGUUCUUUACGUAAUAAUAUGCUAUAUUCAGCAUAGAUUGUUAUAGGACUUAGUAUACUAAAGAAAUUUUCGGUCUUUUCAGGAUAAGCCGGUUCAUAGUAGGAGUCAACAAAAAUAUGGAAGCUAUUAAGCAUAUAUUUUCUCUUGGUAUCCGAUUCAGAAUGAGAUUUAAAGGAGAAGAGUCCCCUGAGAGGAUGUAAGAUUCCAUUUUUAUCCUUUUGAUCAUUAAUUCAGUGUUUUUGAUUAUGGAUCAUUGAGUUUCUUCAGAUUUUACAGGGUACGAUUCCAGGAACUGGAGAUCUAUCUUCACAAUUGCCAGCUUCUAAAUGGAGAUCAUUGCAAGUUCAGUUAACCAUUCAACGUUCUUUCAGUUUCACCGCUUCUUCUUAUUAUGCAGUAAUCGUUUUCCUAUACAAGAUUGUCUCUUCCUCUUUAGGUCUAAUGGGAUGAGCCAACAACAAAGUAGAGACCCGGCAGAAUCUUGCCAUCUUCCCCUGUUUCAACGCCUGCUCAACAAUCACAACCAAAGUGCAAGGGAUCAAGACCAAUCAAAUCAUCCAGAAAAGCAACUUAAAAAUACAUAUGGAGUUCCCAGUUGGCAAGAACCCAUCACUCCAAGCGCAGCUAACGAGCCGCAACAAAAAUUGACAACCUAACCAAAGUAAUCAUUUUAUCACUUGAAAACUCAGAUAGAUGCAUUGCAACAAAGUUCUGAAAUGUGAUCUUCUUUGAAAUUGGAUUCAAAGGUACAAAUGCAAGGUAUCUGCUGGUCGUGCGGUUGAUUUACGUCUGUUGAAAUGAUUAAAAAGCUUGGAGAGAUGUUUGAGAUCCAAGGACAGUUUCUUCCUCAUAACAAAUGGAUUGUUGUCUUCACAGAUGAUGAAGGAGACAUGAUGCUUUCUCGAGAUAGAUCCAUGGAAGUAAGCAAUUAUCACAUGUAGUAAAAGCCGUUUUCUGUUUAGUCUGAACUAAACCAGAUCUGGUUGAAAACUAUUACUAUUACUCUUAACGGUUUGCUAAUAAAUGUUUUGUUUUUCUAUGGAAUUGUGCAGUCAGUGUUGCAAGAUGGCCAAGAAAAUAUUUAUAUAUACGAGUGGUGAGGUCAAUAGAAUGGCAACGAAAUUGAAGAUUUCUUUGUCGUUAGAGAAUGAAGACAUAAUGGAUUAAUAAUCGUCAUUAAAUGUGAUAGUUUAUCUCUAAGUUAAAGUUAUUUAGCGACGUUGUUUUAGUAACUUAUGGUCGUAACGGUCUCUAGGCUAUAGAUUAUCAAUCUGUGUAUAAAGACUUUCAUAGUCUUGGGCGUUAUUUUCCCCGUUCGUGUCGGUUUUAAAUUUGGCAAUCUAAAAUAUUUUGGUUU